ACAGAGGACAAAAUUCGCAAAUUUUAAAUAUUGUAUAUUUAAAUAUUUUAUUAUUAUUAUUGUUUGUUAGCUAAUUGUCUAAUUAAUUUAGUGAUAAAUAAUAUUUGUCUAGGGCACCAAAUGUGCUAGCUGCGGCAAUGCACCCUGUUUAUGAGAGACAAAAAGCAGUCCGAGGAGCAGUCCAAAAAAAUUUGCAAAUUGUGAAUAUUAUAGUUUUGUAUUGUUUGUUUUUCCUAAUUAUUGUUUGUGAGCUUAUUCCUUAUUAGCUCUUGUUCUGGUUUGUAAAAACAAAAACAAUCAAAAGAAAAAAAUUAUUAAAGUUGAAAUUAUUUAAGUUGAUUUCUAAUUUGUUCGUGUUUUGGUUUGUAAAAAAAAGUGCAGGGCACUUAAUGUGGCAGGUCCGGCACUGCACCCAGUUUGUGAGAAGCUUAUCUUUGUUUGUACAUAAUAACUGAGAGGACACAGGAUGCACAAAAAAGGUCAUCAGGAAGUUAAUCUUACAUAAAAAAUGUGUGCUAUAAUAUCCUGUCUACGCCUAAUUUCAUCCCCCGUGGCCGGCUGCUGACACUGGCCAUCUCUGCCUCUGCCCCUGCUGCCCAUUGGCACAGCAGCCAGAGCAGGAGGACCACAAAGGGGAGGGCCGUACGUCAGGCCCCCUCUCCUCCCUGCAGCAGAAGAUGUGUGCUCCUCUUGAGUGGGAACUGUUUGUGAAAGACUCCAGAGCCUGAGCGGUCAACUCUAAUUAUCAGGUGUUGUGAGCAGCUUCUGUCCCGAGUGGACGUGCGCAGGCCUCUCCAUCUGAAGUGCAGCCAGAUAAGACUUGUGGCUCUGUCAAGUGUGGAGGCCAGAGAGAGAGAGAUGGACACAUGCGCCUGCGCUUUGGAGCUGCUGGGGAUGCUGGUCUAUGUCGGAGCGUGGCUGUGCGCUUUAGCCACCACUCUCUUACCGCAGUGGCUGACCAUGUCCACUGCUCUGCUGCCGGUGGAGAGCUACGAGCUGGGCCUGUGGGAGACGUGUGUGGUGCAGGAUGUCGGGGGGAUGGAGUGCAGAGCUUAUGACAGCCUGCUGGGCCUCUCCAGUGACCUCAAGCUGGCCCGCAUGCUCAUGUGUGCUUCCCUUGCUGUGGGCAUGCUGGGAAUGCUGGUGGCCAUACCUGGACUUUACCUGGUCAACAGCUGUAAAGAACACCGGGGCUGCAGACGUAAGAGAACUUUAACCAUCCUAGGAGGGGUGCUGGGGAUGAUCUCUGGAGUGCUGUGUCUGAUCCCCGUGUCCUACAUGGCUCAUUUAGCCGUGAUACAUUUCUUUGAUGAUACAGUACCUGAUGUGGUGCCACGCUGGGAGUUUGGCGAUGCCUUGUUCUGCGGCUGGGCCGGAGGAUUUCUUCUCAUAGUGGCCGGGCUCCUCCUGGUCACCUCUUGCUCGUGCUCACAGGUGGAGCCUCAGCCUGUAAUGCAGAGGAGAUACCAGGUCAUGAGUACAGGUGCUCCCCUCGGGAAGCGCUCAGAGUACGUUUAAGGGACAAAUCAUGAAAGAAUUGCCUGCGUAGAGACUGACAGCACGACACAAUCACCUGUAGAGCUGCACUUCAAACUGCUUUGAAAUAAUGAUGUGAAGAUCUCGUUUUAUAUCAAAGACAACAUCCUGUGUACGGGUUGCUUUAGCCAUAGAGUUAAUCCAAUUGUAGAAAACAUCGAAUCCUCAGUGAAUCUGCAGCUAUUUUAAUGACUCACCUGCACAAUCAAACAUUGCAUUUUAAAGGUCCAGUGUGUUGGAUUUUGGGGGAUAUUUUGGCAGAUGUUUUCUUUAGUGUAUAUUCAUAUGAAAAUAAAAUUACUGUUGAUGAUUUAAUGAGCUGUUUAUAUCUACAGAGGGAGCAGGAUCUCCUCCAGGUAGUGUUUCUCAAAGUCAAGGAUCCUUCCUUGGUAGGAUUAGUCCUUCCAAGGAAGGAUCCUACAGAGGCAAGGCAAGAGUCCUCCCUAGCACACACACUGGAACAGACUAACAAGUGUCUCCAGGCGUGCGUCAAUAACCCUCAGCAGACUGAGCUGGUUUCAGAUUACUGUGAUGAUUUUGGCACUCUCUAAUGUUGUUGUACAAUUUGAACAAAUGUAGCAGUACUUUCAGAGUCACGUGACUUUUAAGGAGAAUAUAUUUCUGGAUCAUACUUGAAAAAACAAACAGGUAGGCUAAAUGAAACUUUUGUGGCACUUAGCACUCUUAGCGGACUUAGCACAAUCUCAUUAUUCGGCAGUGGACACAUUGGAAAGCGUAAAUUAUGAGGUUUCUGUCAGUCAUUUUUAACGCUUGUAUGACAGUCCCGUAGAUAUAUUAUUCCAAAUAAAUGACAUUUAUCUAAAUCCUGCCGAGGUCCGGUAGCGCAGGUUUCCCUGAAGAGGCCUUGACUUCCAGCAAAGAAUGUGGGUACUUUUUACCUGCUGAGGAUACACACAUGCAUCCUUGGAAUUUCUCUGAAAGAAGAACCCAGUUGUCGGUGAAAUUAGGAAGGAACCUUGACAUUGGAACAGUCGUUAGGUGAGAUUUGAUGAGGUAAUAUCCUUGAAAUUCAGCCAUUUAAGGAUCCGUCCUUGACUUUGAGAAACACCCAGGGAGCAUGUUGCACGGCCAUGUUUCUACAGUAGCAGAGAAUGGACAAACCACAUACUGACUCAAGACAGGGUCAUUUGCUUUUUCACAUCAGUCAUGAGAAAACGCGUGGCCCCUCCACAAUGCGCUUAAAACCACUUAAAAUCUUUGGGUCUGUUUGUUUUGGAGAGGAAGAGACCUCUGCGGAUAAUUCAGCUCCCGGUAAAAACCUCCUGAACGCCCUGAUCUUAAGUUGUAGGAGAAAGAAUGUUAACACUAAAUAGCAGGUGCUGGGCCACUGACCCUUCUCCGACAUGCCAAUCUGCAUUGGAGAAACACUGAUUUUUAACAUGAAAUUGCUUUAUUCUGUAUUUUUACCAGUUUCAUCCAUCUGAUCGAUUAAUUUUGGGUCAGAGGAGACCUCUUCGGAUAACUUGGCUCCUGCUAUAAACCUCAUAAACAAUAAACACUUAAGAAAUUCUAACCGGGAGAAGUUUUAGCUGGUUGUAAUCUGCAAUCUUCACCACUAGAUGCCACUAAAUCCCCCCAAAUCUGACACACUGCUCCUUUAAAAGAACAUGCUGUGACCAGUAACAAAUGAAUAUUUUUUUAAAGAUAUGUUUUAUAAAAUGCUUUAUAUUCCUUAUUCUAGGGUGCCUUCAGGAUCUUUCUUUUAUCAGUGCCAACAAAGAAGAAAACACUCUUUCCACUCAGUUAUAACAGGACACCUUAGCCUUUAAAAUGCUGUGAUUGUAAAUUAUUCUUAACACUAAAACAUAUAGAAAGCACAAAUUAUUCUGUGCCUGGUUAAGUUUGCUUAUGGGCUGUACU